AUGGCUUAUUGUGCAAAACCAGAAAAGUUCUUUCCAGUAUUGAACGAUUUAGCCCUUCAACCGGGAACUCUGAAGGGUAAGGUUGCACUUGUCACUGGUGGAGGAACUGGAUUAGGAAAAGCGAUUGCAACAACAUUUGCUCACCUCGGAGCAAAAGUUGCGAUUGCAGCACGGCGUUUGGAUAUUCUCGAGAAAACGGCCGCUGAAAUACGUAGAACCACCGGCGGAAUUUGUGAGCCAUUCCAACUAGAUGUCAAGGAUCCAACAAAAGUUGCCAAAGUGUUUGAUGAUAUCAAAGCAAAAUUCAACGCGACUCCAGACAUUCUUAUAAAUAAUGCAGCCGGAAAUUUCAUUAUGGCUACUGAGCGAUUGUCGCCAAACGCUUACGGAACCAUCAUUGACAUUGUUUUGAAAGGGACAUUACAUGUGACCACCGAAUUGGUACGCAGAUGCAUCAAGGAAGGAAAGGGUGCUUCUGUGUUGAGUAUUAGCACUGCAUACGCGGGUCAUGGUGCUCCAUUCGUUGUCCCUUCGGCGGUUUCCAAAAGCGGCGUUGAAACGAUGACCAAAUCAUUGGCUUCAGAAUGGGCCAAAUAUGGCAUGAGAUUCAAUGCAGUCGCGCCAGGACCCAUUCAGACGGAGGGAGCGUUUGGAAGAUUGUUUGUUUCUGGUGUUGGUGAUGCUACUGAGCAGGCAAGCCGAGGGAUGAAUGGAGCUAUUAUCUAUUUUGAUGGAGGUCAGCAGCAUAUGAACCAUGGCUCGGGAAUGGGCAGUUUUUUGCACGAAUGGGACCACAAAAAAUGGGAAGAGGCCGAAAAUGUGAUUCGCGGAAGAACCGGAAAAUCAAAAUCGAAAAUUUGA